AUGGCACUUUUUGGGCUAUCUCCGUUGUUCUUCUCUACCAUUGCAACUACCUUCUUCAUGGAGAAAAACACCGGGGUCUUGGAUGUCGCUUCCUUCACCUCGUUCGUGGCACUACUCACAACCGUAGUCUACGGUGCUGGUUACAUCAACUUAAGACGAUAUCAAUGGCCGCCAGAACUCACUGAAGAGAUUGUAACCUUACCUGAUGAAACGUCACCAUUAUUGGCUUCGGCGCGUGUGGUGGAAGACCUUGAACAGAUUUGUCAUGGGGAUCCUAACCCACACAUUCCAAACUUGCCGCAAUUAUUCAAGAAAAUAGAUUUCUGGUUGCUUGUAUUCUUCUGUGUUUUCGUGUUGGGAGUAUCUCGUCACUACCAACGCAAGCAGCGUCUUUAA